AUGGACCGCGGCCGGGGUAAGAAGCGCUGCGGCUCCCGCACUUGUUGCCGCGUUGGGCGAGGGGCCAGGACUCCUGGGCACAGAGCCAUGACCAUGUUCCAUUGGCCUUCCUCCCCAGUGCUAGAGCAGCUGCUCCCGGAGCUCACGGGGCUGCUCAGCCUCCUGGACCACGAGUACCUCAGCGACACCACCCUGGAGAAGAAGAUGGCUGUGGCCUCCAUCCUGCAGAGCCUGCAGCCCCUCCCAGCAAAAGAAGUCUCCUACCUGUACGUGAACACAGCUGACCUCCACUCUGGGCCCAGCUUUGUGGAAUCUCUCUUUGAGGAAUUUGACUGUGACCUGAGUGACCUUCGGGACAUGCCAGAGGACGAUGGCGAGCCCAGCAAAGCAGCCAGCCCUGAGCCAGCCAAGAGCCCAGCUCUGAGGAAUGCAGCUGACCUGCCUCCACCACUCCCCAACAAGCCUCCACCCGAGGACUACUAUGAGGAGGCCCUUCCCCUGGGACCCGGCAAGUGCCCUGAGUACAUCAGCUCCCACAACAGCUGCAGCCCGGCCCACUCGAUAGUGGAUGGCUACUAUGAGGAUGCAGACAACAGCUACCCCGCGACCAGGAUGAAUGGGGAGCUGAAGAACUCCUACAAUGACUCCGACGCCAUGAGCAGCUCCUAUGAGUCCUACGAUGAGGAGGAAGAGGAAGGGAAGGGGCAGCAGCCCAUGCACCAGUGGCCCUCAGAGGAGGCCUCCAUGCACCUGGUGAGAGACUGCAGGAUAUGUGCCUUCCUGCUUCGGAAAAAGCGCUUCGGGCAGUGGGCCAAGCAGCUGACCGUCAUCAGGGAGGACCAGCUUCUGUGUUACAAAAGCUCCAAGGAUCGACAGCCACAUCUGAGGCUGGCCCUGGAUGCCUGCAGUGUCAUCUAUGUGCCCAAGGACAGCAGACACAAGAGGCAUGAGCUGCGCUUCUCCCAGGGGGGCGCUGAGGCCCUGGUGCUGGCACUGCAGAGCCGAGAGCAGGCUGAGGAGUGGCUGAAGGUCAUCCGAGAGGUGAGCAAGCCCGUCGGAGCAGCUGAGGGCAUGGAGGUCCCCAGGUCCCCAAUUCUCCUGUGCAAGCUGGACCUGGACAAGAGGCUGUCCCAAGAGAAGCAGACCUCAGACUCCGACAGCCUGGGCAUGGGCGACAACUGUUCUACCCUUGGCCGCCGGGAGGCCUAUGACCAAGGCAAAGGGAAGAAGAGCAGCCUGGCAGAGCUGAAGGGCUCAGUGAGCAGGGCUGCGGGCCGCAAGAUCACCCGCAUCAUCAGCUUCUCCAAGAAGAAGACGCUGGCCGAUGACCUGCAGACCUCCUCCACUGAGGAGGAGGUUCCAUGCUGUGGCUAUCUGAAUGUGCUGGUAAACCAGGGCUGGAAGGAACGCUGGUGCCGCCUGAAGUGCAACACUCUGUAUUUCCACAAGGACCGCACGGACCUGCGGACCCACGUGAAUGCCGUUGCCCUCCACGGUUGCGAGGUGGCCCCGGGCUUUGGGCCUAGACACCCAUUUGCCUUCAGGAUCCUGCGUAACCGACAGGAGGUCGCCAUCUUGGAGGCAAGCUGCUCAGAGGACAUGGGCCGCUGGCUUGGCCUGCUGCUGGUGGAGAUGGGCUCCCAUGUCACCCCUGAGGCGCUGCACUAUGACUACGUGGAUGUGGAGACCUUAACCAGCAUCGUCAGUGCUGGGCGCAAUUCCUUCCUAUAUGCACGUUCCUGCCAGAAUCAGUGGCCUGAGCCCCGCGUCUAUGAUGAUGUUCCUUAUGAAAAGAUGCAGGACAAGGAGCCCGAUGAGCAUCCCACUGGGGCCCAAGUGAAGCGCCAUGCCUCCUCCUGCAGUGAGAAGUCCCAUCGAGUGGAUCCACAGGUCAAAGUCAAGCGCCAUGCCUCCAGUGCCAAUCAAUACAAGUACGGCAAGAACCGAGCUGAGGAGGAUGCUCGGAGGUACCUGGUAGAAAAAGAGAAGCUAGAGAAAGAGAAAGAGACAAUCCGGACAGAGCUGAUGGCACUUCGGCAGGAGAAGAGAGAGCUGAAGGAGGCCAUUCGGAGCAACCCAGGAGCAAAGUUAAAGGUUCUGGAGGAGGCUGUGGCCACCCUGGAAGCUCAGUGCCGGGCGAAGGAGGAGCGCCGGAUCGACCUGGAGCUGCGGCUCGUGGCAGUGAAAGAGCGCUUACAGCAGUCCCUGGCUGGGGGCCCAGCCCUGGGGCUCUCCGUGACCAGCAAGAACAAGAGUGGGGAAGUUGCAAAUAAACCCCAGGACAACGCUCCAGAGCAACCUCUUCCUGUCAACUGUGUUUCUGAGCUGAGGAAGAGGAGCCCAUCCAUUGUAACCUCCAACCAAGGAAGGGUGCUGCAGAAAGCCAAGGAAUGGGAAAUGAAGAAGACCUAGAAAGAGGAUGAAGAUUUUAUCCCAAAGGAGUUAUCAGCUUGUCCAUCUAAGGCAGAAAAGCUUUUUUACAAGGAUAAACCAGGGAAAGACUGGAAGUAGCUCCCUACUUUCUUGGGCAACCAAAAGACUAGCCUUUAUUGUCUGCAUGAUUUUAGGGGAUACGGGGAGGGAAGAAGAAGAGGAGAAGAGGGAAAUGGAGGACAUCCUUAUGACUACAGAGGGUGGAAAAUGGAGUUGGGGGAGACAAAAUUCUGCACAGUUGUAAAGGUUUUGUUAGAUGUCUUUGCCUUCCCUUCUGAAGAAGAAAUGAAAGCACAUGUGAGUAAGCCAUUCCACCUAUUCUCAGCAUCCCAUUUCCAGUCCUAAGGCAAAGGAUGGCAGUGCUGAAACAUUAGUGGUGCAGUGUAAAGAGAUGGGACUUGAUCAUACAAUCACACUUUUGCCAAGUGGAUUCAUGUUGGGCAUUGCUGACAACCUCUGGGCAAGACAAAUGAGCUUAAAAAUCAACAGAAUUACCCCUGCCUGCUUAACGAUGAACAUAAGCUAAAGAGAACAUCCAAAUUCUCAAUCAUUCCUCAUCUGCUUUAGAGCUAAGCAGAGUGCAGCUACUGGAAUCUUCCAUACUUGAGUGAUUUUAAAUCAGAGAUCUGAGUUCCCAGCAGGCAACAAGAGGUUGAGCAGCUGACAUAUUUUAUGCUUGCACUGACACUCAGUGACAAGAGCUUGGGUUUCUAAUGUCCACAUGAUAUUGCAGGCUUUGUAGGGUGGGAUCAUCU